AUGGAGAGGGGUAUUGAUCGAUUUGCAGCUGGCUUAAGCUCAGUACGGCCAGAUAAUCCCGACAACUAUGAUUCUGAUGAUUAUGAUUCUGGUUCAGAUUCUGUUCUCAACAAUGAAGAAGUAGCAUAUCUUGCGGACGAUGAGUCUGUCCUUGACCAUGAAGAAGUAACAUAUCUUUCCAAUAAUGAUUCUAUUCUUGGCCAUGAAGAAGUAGCAUAUCUUUCCAAUGAUGAUUCUGUUAUCCGCAAUGAAGAAGUAAUAAAUCUUUCUGACAAUAAUUCUGUUCUCGGCGAUGAAGAAGCAGCAUAUCUUUUCCCAAAUAAUUCUGAUCUCGACAAUGAAGAAGUAACAUAUCUUUCAGACGACGAUCCUGUUCGCCGCGAUGAAUUAGCAAAUCUUUCCUGGAGUGAUUCUGAACGGGGCGGCGAUGAUGGAAUACCAUAUUAUUGGGGCAAUGAUCCUCUUUCGGACAAUGAAGAAGUAACAUAUCUUUCUUACGAUGGAGAAGCAUAUCCUAGCGAAAUUAACUUAGUAUACGGCGAGAAUUCCGGAGCGGCGACGGCGACGAGGGGCGUAGAUCAGGAGCGGCAGGCGAUCAAGUCGUUGGAGACGAAGAUAAUAGAGUACGAUGAGAGGGAUAGUGGCGGAGAAGACGGUGGUUGUUGCGUUAUUUGCCUGGAGGAGUUAACGGCGGGGACAGUGGUGGCUGUGAUGCCUUGCAACCAUUGUUCCUUUCACGACGGCUGCCUCUCAACUUGGCUGGAGAGAAGCCUUUGCUGUCCUCUCUGCCGCCGCAAGAUUCCCGCCCCGCCAUCGCCGGAAGCAUGA